AUGGGCAGGCAGCCGUGCUGCGAGAAGGUCGGUCUCAAGAAGGGGCCGUGGACAGCGGAGGAGGACCAGAAGCUGGUCACCUUCCUCCUGUCUCACGGCCAUUGCUGCUGGCGGCUCGUCCCCAAGCUCGCGGGGCUGCUGAGGUGCGGGAAGAGCUGCCGGCUGCGGUGGACCAACUACCUGAGGCCGGACCUCAAGAGGGGCCUCCUCUCGGAGGAGGAGGAAGCGCUGGUCAUCGACCUCCACGCGCAGCUUGGCAACAGGUGGUCCAAGAUCGCGGCGCGGCUCCCCGGGAGGACGGACAACGAGAUCAAGAACCACUGGAACACCCACAUCAAGAAGAAGCUCAAGAAGAUGGGCAUCGACCCCGUCACCCACCGGCCGCUCGCUCCCGUCGCUCAACCCCUGGCGCCGCUGACGCAGCAGCGCGAUCCUCCGCAGGCGAGAGAGGAAGCACGCUGUGACGAGCCCAGCAAGCAGCAGGCGUCGUCUCAAGGGCCGGCGGCGGGCGCCGACGAGAACGAGGACGAGGAGGAGAUAACGCCGGCGAGCGCCGCCCAGCCGCACGGCGCCGGCGCGACGACCUCCUCCCCUGCCUCCGCAGCGGCUGGAGCCGUCUCGCCGUCCUGCUCCUCCUCCUCCGCCUCCGCCUCCGCCGCGACCCCUGGCACGGAUGUCGCCACCUGGCCCGACCCCAUCGACCUCUUCUUCGAAGUGGAUGGCAUCAUGGGCAUGGACUGGGCGGGCAUCCUGUCCGGCUGCGGCGAUGACGCCGCCGCGGACAUAGGCGUCGAUCUGUUCGACCAAUACCCCGGCGAUGGCUUCGACGAACAAGUCUGGAUGUACACUGGUGGUGGCGGGUAG